GAUAUUUUCGUUUCGGGCGCACAGUUAUGAUGUAACGCGCUAAAAAGCAGCAACUUAAUAAGUAUUUAAUUUAUUAUAAAUAUAUUAAAUUCAAGUCGGAUUUUUAUGAAGUUAAGUUAAACACUGCUCCAGGUGAACCGGUUUACAGCUAAUAACUGAUAAUUACAUUGCUGGUUGCCCAUGUCGUCAUCUUUGUGCGACUGCUAUCGUUUCUCUCCAGGAAGAAAAUUAUCAGGGCAGUUUGGCUUUGCUAAGAAGAAGGGGAAACGAUGUCUGGAAGUUUUUAUUUUGUCAUGGUUGGUCAUCAGGACAACCCUGUAUUUGAAAUGGAGUUCUUGCCAGCUGGGAAGGUUGAAUCAAAGGAUGACCAUCGUCACCUGAACCAGUUCAUUGCACACGCUGCCCUGGAUUUGGUUGAUGAAAACAUGUGGCUGUCCAACAAUAUGUACUUGAAAACUGUGGACAAGUUCAACGAGUGGUUUGUUUCUGCCUUUGUUACUGCAGGACAUAUCAGAUUCAUCAUGCUGCAUGAUGUGCGACAAGAAGAUGGAAUCAAGAACUUCUUUAAUGAUGUAUAUGAUUUAUACAUUAAGUUUGCAAUGAAUCCAUUUUAUGAAAUCAAUGCACCAAUCCGCUCAACAGCUUUUGAGAGGAAAAUACAGUUUCUUGGAAAGAAACAUCUCCUGAGUUAACUACUUCACAUGCACAAGGAUUUAAAUGUGUCUUGCCUAUCUGUACAUAUACCUAACACAUACUUGAUGUCUAUGUCUUUCUUUUCCUGUUUCACAAAUGUAAAAUGUAUUCAACACAGAUUUUCUAUUAAACAUUUUCUUGAGUGAUGUAAA